AGGCGUGGAAGAGCUGAAGCCCUUGGCAGUGCUGGCGGCUGAGCCAUGGCUACCAAUUUCAGUGACAUCGUCAAGCAAGGGUACGUGAAGAUGAAGAGCAGGAAACUUGGGAUUUACCGCCGUUGCUGGCUGGUGUUUCGGAAAUCUUCCAGCAAAGGUCCCCAGAGGUUGGAGAAAUACCCAGAUGAGAAGUCCGUGUGUUUACGAGGAAGCCCAAAGGUCACAGAGAUCAGCAACGUGAAAUGUAUCACGAGGCUGCCCAAGGAGACCAAACGCCAAGCGGUGGCAAUCAUAUUUAUGGACGACUCAGCCCGGACGUUCACCUGUGAAUCAGAACUGGAAGCCGAGGAGUGGUACAAAACGCUGUCCGUCGAAUGCCUGGGGGCACGGCUCAAUGACAUCAGCCUCGGCGAGCCAGAUCUGCUGGCGCCCGGAGUUCAGUGUGAGCAAACAGACCGGUUCAACGUCUUCCUCCUGCCCUGCCCCAACUUGGACAUCUAUGGCGAAUGCAAGUUGCAGAUCACCCAUGAAAACAUUUACCUCUGGGAUAUGCACAAUCCCCGGAUCAAGCUCGUUUCCUGGCCUUUGUGUUCCCUACGCCGCUACGGACGAGAUGCCACGCGGUUCACCUUUGAAGCUGGCCGCAGGAUGUGUGAUGCGGGGGAAGGGCUGUACACCUUCCAGACCCAGGAGGGCGAGGAGAUCUAUCAGAGAGUGCACAGUGCCACCUUAGCCAUUGCCGAACAGCACAAGCGAGUCCUGAUGGAGAUGGAGAAGAACGUGAGAUUGUUGAACAAGGGGACAGAGCAUUAUUCCUAUCCCUGCACACCUACCACCAUGUUGCCACGCAGUGCUUACUGGCAUCACAUCACCGGCUCACAGAACAUCGCCGAGUCUUCCAGCUAUGGGGGUGACACCUACCCUGGUCCCCAGGCCAGCUCAGAAACUGACCUCUUGAACCGCCUAAUCUUACUGAAGCCAAACUCUGCCAAGAGUGGGAAAAGUGACGGCAAAGACCCCACCUCAGCUACCCAGUGAGGCUGCUCAAUGCCGAGCGAGGAAAACUGUCAGGGGGCCAACUCAGGCCAAGGGACCGAGGGCUUUUCACCUGCUCCUGCCCUUCCAUGAAAGGCCCGGGGGUCACAUUUUGCCGCAGGGAAACAGAGCGAGCUUUGGUCCCAGGUGGCUCAAACACAAACUUUCUAGAUCCAGGAGCUGUGGACGGUCCAGCCAACGAGCCCGGCUUGGCCCAGGAUGUCAGCUGGCAUCCAGAUCUUCUGAAAAGGACGAGCUAUAUAUUAUUACAAC